AUGGAGUGUAACGAAGCAGACGAAAACAAGCCCCCAAAGAGAAAAAGUGAGAAGCAUGGAGACGAACCAAGUCAUUAUUGGUGUUCCGUGCCGGGUUGCACAUCAGAUGGCAGGAAAAAGGCAAAUUUAAUUAAAUAUCCGUGGAUGAGGGGAGUGCAGUUCUACCCAUAUCCAGGAGCUAAACGUAAGGCAAAGUUGAGAAAGAGGUGGCUGCAGCAGGUUUUCAGGGAUGAGAAGUAUGCCCCAAAACGCUACCAUUCUGUGUGUUCACGACAUUUUAUAGAUGGUUGUCCAACAGAAGAAAAUCCUGUCCCUACGUUAUUUCCACGCAAUAAAGUCGCCAAACAGUCCAGAACAACAACCUCUAUCGAGAAACGUCAACCAACCAAUUCUUCGUCUGAUUCAGCUACAGUAGCGGAGACGUCAGUUCAUUCCACCCAGUGUGCACCAAUGGAAUGUUUACCGAUGGAGGAUAUCACAGUUUCAUGUGAGGGGAAUGCUGGUGUACAUAUACCUCUUCCAGUAGCACAUGAGUGUGUCAUAGAACAGAUAUCAAACGAAACCUGUAUCAAGGAACCUUGCUCCAAGACUGAGGAUAUUUCUCGUGGAAAAUACAACCACGACCAUAUAUACAGCAAACAGUCUGUGGAACCUAGAUGCAGUGAAGAUUUUGUUGAUUUUGCUCUGCAGACAGACCUGACCAUGAAGGAUAUACGUCAUAUGGAAACUAUGACUAAAGAGACAGACCAUAUCCACAGAGAGCAUUUUGUCAAUAGAAUUACACAGUCCGACUCAGCAGUCAGAAGAUAUUUAGGCGUGCCUAGCAUAACUAUGCUCUUUGGAUUGUUUGCAAUACUGGACAAAGUAUGCACAAAACUCAAGUACUGGUCAGGAAAGAAAAGCAUAGCGAACAUGAACUAG